AUGGAGCAUAAAAACAAAAAAGAUCGCAGCAUUUUUCUGGAACGCGAGGAGCGUGUUUCGAUCGGGGGACGCCAAAGGAUUUACAUAAAGAAGACCCACAAGAAGGUGAGGGAACUCUUCCGUCAUCCAACGGUUGGAGUUUCUAGUUACGCCCACAAGCAGCCGGAAGUUGGGCCAUCAUCCUCUUCACUGGGUCUUGAGAAAAUCCAGCGAACCCGACAGCAGGUGGAUAUUCUGUACAGGAAGAUCGAGAAUGAGAUAAAUAAGUUGAAGGACUUUCGCAACCAUUUCCUUAAAGACACAGACACUGGAAGCAGAUCUAGGAGUCCGGAUAUGGCAAAGGCGAGACAAAAGAACAUGACCUGGGGUCAAAGUUUGGAGGCGAAUCAGGUCGGUCCCCUAGCCGCCAAUAGAACUCCCAAUUCCGGUCCUCAACCGAAGGUCAAAUGUCGCACCAUUGCUGUUAAGAAUUCGCCUGCAAUUGAUUCUUCGGAAAUCGACCAAAGAAUCAGUGGAGGCUGCUCCCAUUGUUGUGCAAACUGCAGUCGGAAUUAUCAGACAAUCUACCAAAGCAGCUUUGGAAAUUGUAACUGCCAUUGUAAUUGCUCCUGCCAGUGCAACAUGGGAUAUCCUCAACAGUUCAGCGUUUGCAAUAAAUUCAAUGGAGGGAUUUCACCCAAUCAGGGGAUGGAGUUUGGGAUACCUUAUAGCAUCUGUCCACGGCAAACCUGCGGAAGAGUGGUCACCGAUCUGAAUACUCAGGGAAUUGGACGGAAUUGGUGUCCAAAAAUAAUGACGGAUCGCGCUGCAUCACCCAAGGAUUGCCGUACCAAAUGCCAGGACAAAAAGUCGCCAGUUAGGAGUGGAAAAUCCACAAUUAUUAAAAGAUUGGAAUGCAAAAUAAAAGCGGAAACUGCUGCAGCUUCAUUAGCACAGCAAAAGAAGACUCCUGAAAAACUACCAAAGGUUAUCCAGAAAAAGGAGAACGAGUCUUCAGAGGAUCAUAAGCAAAAUAAGACAAAAAUGAAGUCGGAAAAUGUGACAGUCAGUAAACUUGUCACUUCAAAGGCUUUUAGUGGUGAUGCAGAUCCAUCGAAGUUGUGCAGCGAGGAACAAACGGAUGAAACGAAGGUCCGCAUGUACCAAGAUUAUUUGAAUCAGUAUAAGCAGGAGAAUUCCAGGACUGAGCUCGAAGGACGCACGGCUCUCCAGCCGAUUCCCACAUACACAAGGAUCAAGACGGAAGUGGAACAAAAACCAAAUGUAAAGCAACCCGCGGAUUCACCUCCUCUUUCCGAUUCGGAUGGGAUUAAAAAUCAGGAGAAAGGAAACUCAAAAGGAGUUCAGGAAGUUGAAGAAUCUAACUGUUGUUGCGAUGCUGGUCGGAAUGCACUUGUAAGUCAAAGUAGUAGCGAUGAACGCCUAAUAUCCGUUGAGAAUUUGUGUUGCUGUAAUAUAUCAGAAGACGGAAAAACUGGAGGGAAUAUGCAGGAUAGUAAAAGUCACAGCGAAAGAAGUCAUACUUAUAAAAACGUAAGUCAAGACUGGCACAAUAAUGAUGGUCGUUGUAAUGAAAAAGACUACAGCACUCCGGAAAGUAGGAAACAACCAACUGAUAAAAGGUACUUCAACGAUUCGAGACCUGUUGCUUCCUGGAACAACACUAAUGGGCUACAGUGCCCUGACGACAGAAGCCUACUUAAAACAAAAAGUGCCGCAAAGGCAAAUCGAAUGAAUUCGGAAAAAUCAAAAAAAUUCGAGAGUAUGAAUUCUAAGAUGGUUACGCAGGAAAGGCGAGAGCAUUCCAAGGAACGAAUCUCGGUGAAGACGGUUCCUAAGGAAAUGAGAGCACACAAUCUUCAGAGAUCAACAUCACCCCAAGUCUUAAGAACUACCAGUUAUGUCUCUAUGGCUCCUCAAUAUCAAAAAGAUAUUCCAGUGAUACAGGCUCACAGAGAUGCGAUAAAAACCCAAAAAAAUAUUACUUGUAGGGAAAAACUGGAAAAACAGCAUUAUUAUCGGGAUCAUGUUAAUCCAACUCUACCAAGUACAUCUCGCUUAGAAAAUUUUCCUUCAGAAGUUAUAGCUUCCCCGCAAAGUGAAAGUGCCGAAACUGUAUUAAAGAUUCCAAAUCAGUAUAGUCGAUCCAAUAAUUGUGAUAACGAUAGCCUCCACGAUCGAUUCGUUAAUUGCUAUCAAGAUUUAAAGCAAGAUACCCUUAGGAAUUUCGAACCACUGGAAAAGAUUGCUAGUUAUAAAUCAGAUAAUGGGUAUAUUUAUAAUGAGAGUGAUUACGACGCGUUGGCUUGCAGGCAAGAUGAUCUUAGAGAGCCCUCUUACAGAAUACCAGAGAAAACACAGAAAUCUCAUGAUGAUUCACCCCAUGUCAGCUAUAAACAGUCUAUAAAGAGAAAUCCUCAAACACCCCCAAAUAGGCAAGACAGUCCCAGGAAUCCCAAAGACUAUUAUAGACAAGUCAAUCAGAAGCCUCAAAACGAAUAUAAUAGUCAGAUAUUAAAUACACGAAGUCACAGUCCCAAUAGACCCUAUAGAGUUAAUGAUCAGACUUCGAGUUCUCACUGUUGUCCUAGUCCCAGCCAAUCUGAUCAAAGUCUGUGCUCCGAGUGUCAGGAAUCUUACAAAACCCAGAAGAAAGUACAAAGUGUGGACCAUUUUAAAACCUACAGUUAUGAUGACUGUGAUAGGGGACACCAUACCAAAUACGGAAGUUCACCGGAUCAAAUUAAUUAUAGAUACGACGGAUAUGAAGGGGAUCAGUUGGAAAAUCAUCGUCAGGUUCAUAAUCAGCAUACCCCAAGGUCAUGCAUGUCUUCCCCAAGACGCUGUUCACGCAGUGAAGAUAGCCAAGUUCCAGUUUUGGAGACCGUCUGUGAGAAACGCACACGAACAGUUACCUUCGAAGAUAAUAGUGGGGAUCUGACCAAGGAGGAACAUGUUAAGGAAACUUGUCACAGUCUUAUCGAUUGGGAGCGCGCCCUUAAAUACCACAUGGUAGAGCAAAGCGGUGAUACGGAAAACACAGAUGAUAACUACACUUGUAGAUCCAGCAGUUCCGGUGAGCGUACCUGCCUUGAGUCUACCUACGAUGACGACUUCGCCAGCUGCGAGGAGGCGGAUCCCCAGACGAACUACAAGCGGGCACCUGCAUUUGAUGGAUGUCCCUGCAUGUACCAGACCUAUUUAAACCUGGCCUCAAUGUGCCAGAACGAAGGACGCUCCAUUCAGCGAUAGAUACAACUAAUUUUUAUUCAGUUUCGACAAUCUUUCUUAUAUUUUUACAAUUUCGAUAUCCCAGCCAAACAUUAAAUUUGAGUUAACAUAAUAA